CUGAAAGGUGUUCCACAAAAUAUGUGAACAUUUUAUGUGCUCUGUACUUGAACACUAUAGGCCACAUCAGAGUCUACGGUGGCCUGUCCGAUAGGUUUUUGACAGAAUGUGGCGUUCGUCAGGGUUGUUCGAUUGCCCCAAUUUUGUCCAUUUUCCUCGUGGACAAUAUCAUGGAGCGUUGCUUUCCGAUAUCUCACGAUGUAGGUGUUGUGGUUCUGCUUUGCGAAAGUCAGUGGAUCUUGAUUAUGCAGACGAUAUUGUCUUGCCUUUCGCCGAUGUUGCGACGGCACAAUCAACCCUGGAUGGUCUGUCUAGAGUGGUCCCAUUAUUCGGUAUGCGCUUCACACCUUCAAGGUGCAAAGUGUUGCUGCAGGACCACCAGCCACUUGAUAACCCCUUGACGCUUGCUAACGAGGAACUCGAGGUAGUUGAUUAAUUCACUUAUCUUGGCAACUGCAUCAGCAACUGUGGGCGUAUAGAAACUGAUGUCAGCUCAUGCUUUUCAAAGGUCAGUGCUGUCUUCUUGAACCU